GCGCAGCUCGCGUUCCGACCUCGGUAUGUGGCGCGUGUCCCGCCCGCUGUACGUGCACUUUGCCCGGAGGUCCAGCCUCGCAGGCCCAGGGAACGCCGCCUUCAUGUCGUCCUUGCUCAUCAAUCAGCCCAAGUACGCUUGGCUGAAGGAGCUGGGGCUCCGCGAGGAAAACGAGGGCGUGUAUAAUGGAAGCUGGGGAGGCCGGGGAGAGGUUAUCACAACCUAUUGCCCUGCUAACAAUGAACCGAUAGCCAGAGUCAGACAGGCCAGCAUAGCUGACUAUGAGGAAACCAUGAAGAAAGCAAGAGAAGCAUGGCGAGUCUGGGCGGAUAUUCCAGCUCCAAAGCGAGGAGAAGUGGUGAGACAGAUUGGUGAUGCCUUGCGAGAAAAGAUCCAAGUACUUGGAAGCUUGGUAUCUUUGGAGAUGGGGAAAAUCUUAGUGGAAGGUAUAGGAGAAGUUCAAGAGUACGUGGACAUUUGUGAUUAUGCUGUUGGCUUGUCGCGCAUGAUCGGGGGACCCAUCCUGCCUUCUGAAAGACCUGGCCACGCGCUCAUUGAACAGUGGAACCCUGUGGGCCUGGUUGGGAUCAUCACUGCGUUCAACUUCCCUGUGGCAGUGUAUGGUUGGAACAACGCGAUCGCCAUGAUCUGUGGGAACGUCUGCCUUUGGAAAGGAGCUCCAACAACGUCCCUCAUUAGUGUCGCUGUCACGAAGAUAAUUGCCAAGGUUCUGGAGGACAACAAGCUGCCUGGUGCAAUUUGUUCCUUGACUUGUGGCGGUGCAGACAUUGGCACAGCAAUGGCCAAAGAUGAGCGGGUGAACCUGCUGUCCUUCACCGGAAGCACUCAGGUGGGAAAACAGGUGGCCCUUAUGGUGCAAGAGAGGUUUGGGAGAAGUUUGUUGGAACUUGGAGGAAACAAUGCCAUCAUUGCCUUUGAGGAUGCGGACCUCAGCUUAGUCGUUCCGUCUGCUCUCUUUGCGGCUGUGGGGACUGCUGGCCAGAGGUGUACCACUGCACGGCGACUGUUUUUACAUGAAAGCAUCCAUGAUGAAGUUGUCAACAGACUUAAGAAGGCCUAUGCACAGAUCCGUGUUGGUGACCCUUGGGACUCGAAUGUUCUCUAUGGGCCACUCCACACCAAGCAGGCAGUGAACAUGUUCCUUGGAGCCGUGGAUGCAGCAAAGAAGGAAGGUGGCACAGUGGUCUAUGGUGGCAAGGCUAUGGAUCGCCCUGGAAAUUACGUAGAACCAACAAUUGUGACAGGCCUUGCUCACAAUGCAACCAUUGCUCACACAGAGACUUUUGCGCCAAUUCUUUAUGUCUUUAAGUUCAAGAAUGAAGAAGAGGUCUUUGCAUGGAAUAAUGAAGUCAAACAAGGACUUUCAAGUAGCAUCUUCACCAAGGAUUUGGGCAGAAUCUUCCGUUGGCUUGGACCUAAGGGAUCAGACUGUGGCAUUGUAAACGUCAACAUUCCAACGAGUGGAGCAGAGAUUGGAGGUGCCUUUGGAGGGGAGAAGCACACGGGCGGCGGCCGUGAGUCGGGCAGCGAUUCCUGGAAGCAGUACAUGAGACGGUCCACGUGUACCAUCAACUACAGCAAGGACCUUCCUCUGGCUCAAGGAAUCAAGUUUCAGUAAAGGUGCCUUAACUUGAAAGAACUUCAUUUUGCUAGAUAUUCUCAUCUCUUUUUUGGGAAGAAGACAAAAUUAUAAAAUGAGAUUUUUUUUCGCUAAAUAAAUACAUCAUUUUGAAUA